ACUGCGCACCGCAGCCAAUGGGCGGGCGCGCCGGCUGUGACGUCAGCGGGGCGGCGGGGUCGGUCGCGGGUGUCAUGGCGGCGUACCCGGGGCAGGGCUUUCCCGGUGCAGGACAGGCUCCCGGCGCGCCCUCGGCCGGCCCCUACUCCGGGGCUCCCUACGGACACCCCCCGCCCGGGGGUCCCUACGGACAGCCUGGCGGCGGGCCCUACGGAGGUAAUGCCCCACCGGGUGUGGACCCCGAAGCCUUCUCCUGGUUCCAGGCGGUCGAUGCCGAUCGCAGCGGGUACAUCUCCGUGAAGGAGCUGAAGCAGGCGCUGGUCAACUCCAACUGGUCGACGUUCAAUGACGAGACCUGCCUGCUGAUGAUAAACAUGUUUGAUAAGACCAGGUCAGGACGCAUAGACCUGUAUGGCUUCUCAGCCUUGCUGAACUUCAUCCGUCAGUGGAAGAACCUCUUCCAGCAGUACGACAGGGAUCAGUCGGGCUCCAUCAGCUUCAGUGAGCUCCAGCAAGCUUUCUCCCAGAUGGGCUAUAACCUGAGCCCCCAGUUUAGCCAGCUGCUGCUGGCCCGCUACGCCCAGCGAUCCUCCAACCCCAGCAUCCAGCUCGACCGCUUCAUUCAGAUCUGCAUGCAGCUCCAGAGCACGACCGAUGCCUUCCGUGAGAAGGACACAGGGCUGGUGGGCAACGUGCGGCUGAGCUAUGAGGAUUUCCUCACAAUGGUCGUGACUCGCAUGAUGUGACGCCCUUGGCCGAGGGCUGUGAGCUGACUGGGAGCUCUGCGGGUCUCUCCGGGAGCAGCAGCCAUCCUUGGCCUCACGCUGGGAUGUGGCUGAGCCUCCUCCUGAAGAACAAGCUGUUCCCCAGGCACUGUUUUCCAGCCUGAGGAGCCCCAAGUCCUGCUGGGGCCCUCUUGGCUUCAAUUCCUUGCCCCACUCAAUGGCAGUGGGUGCCCCAUGCCAAACUGGAGCCCAGUUCUGGGGCCAUGCCAUCGGGUGGGCAGCCAAACCAGUAGCAAACCUGUGCCAUGCCUCCCAGGGAGCGCUUAGAUUUUCCUUCGCCAGACACAAAAUCAUGCUUAAACCCCAUCUGCUCUAUCCCUCUGCUUGGUGGGGUGUCUGUGGUGGAACAUCCCUGCCUCGGUACGCUUCUGGGGACUUUCUGGUGACCAAGAGCUGAACCUUCAUUUGAUAAGCAGCAGGAAGGGCUCAAGUGAUGGCAGAGCUCGUUUUUCCUUGCUUUGCAGACUGCCCUUCCUCAGUGGGAGCACUUCCAACCCCUUGGCUGUGCUGGAGACGCUCCGCCUUUCCUGGGGGUCUGAGCCCCGUUUCUCUCUGGGCUGCUGGAACGGGCCAUGUUGCUGCAAUCACCCCCUUGUUGCCAAUGUCUGUCUCGAUUCACCUCUGUCUGCUGAAGCCAAACUCAGAAACGGUUUAGAGCUUAUUUUUACAGCUUUUGAAUAAAAGGCAACGUGCACUGGU